GCCUCCUCCUGAGCUUUGCUGCUCGGUCCUGCCCAGGGUCCCCAAGGAGAAGCCAAAAGCCGAAGCGGCGCCGAAGCCUCGUCAGGGACCGACGGAUGAAGCGCAGAUGGCAGCGGCUGCGGCGCUGGCCCGGAUGGAGCUGAAGCCCAAGGGCAAGUUGCCCUCGUCCCAGGAAGCCAUCAAGAACCAGGUGAGAAAAGAGCUGAUGGCCGAGGCAGCUGCAAGUGAGAAGGGGCUCUCCGCAGAGAAAGAGGACCUUGCCUCCCCAGACAAGGAAGGGGCAGCUGCGCCCUCUGUCUCAGGGGUCUAUUUCAUUUGCCCGUUGACUGGUGCAGUUGUAAGGAAAGACAAGAAGGAAAAGCACCUCAGAGAAGCCAUCCAGUCGUACUUCUCCAUAGACCCGGUAGCUGCCUCGAUCAUGGAGAUUCACACCUUCAAUAAGGACCGGGAGAAAGUACGAGUGGGCGUGGAGACCAUGGCCAAAUACUUGGAUAAUAUCUAUCUCCAUCCAGAGGAGGAAAAGUACCGGAAAAUCAAAUUGCAGAACAAAGUGUUUCAGGAAAGGAUAAGCUGCCUGGAAGGGAUACACAGAUUUUUCCAGGCUAUUGGGUUUGAGACAAAAACACUGCCUGUUCCAGGACAAGAGACCACAGAGGAGUACUAUGUACUGAAGGAAGAAAUGCUGACCAAGUUGGAAGACCUCAAGGACUACAAAGAGCAGCUUUUAAGCUCUGAGCCUGUGAGAGCCCAGCUGGAUCGCCAGCUCUGUCUCUUUAAACCAUCACCUGAAGCUGCUCGGUUUGAGCUGCCAAAUGACUUUUACAACCUCACUGCAGAAGAGAUCAAGCGAGAGCAGCGGCUCCGGACAGAAGCAGUCGAGAAGGCUUCGAUGCUGAGGACAAGAGCCAUGAGAGAGAAAGAAGAACAAAGGGAGAUGCGGAAGUACAACUACACCCUGGUGCGAGUCCGGUUUCCUGAUGGAUACAUCCUCCAAGGGACUUUUUAUGCGCGAGAAUCAGUAUCCACGCUCUACAACUUUGUGAGAGAAGCACUCCGAGAUGACUGGCUGCCCUUUGAGCUGUUGGGACCUGGAGGUCUCAAACUGACUGAUGAGAACUUGGCCUUCAAUGAAUGUGGGCUGGUGCCCUCAGCCCUCCUGACUCUGGCCUGGGACGCAGCAGUCAUGGCAGACAUUGAGGCAGCAGGAGAGGAGCAGCCAGCAAGCCCCCUGAAACCAGAACUUCUCUCCAGAGUCCAGACACUGUCAUGAAAUAAAGGGGAGUGGAUUCAGUGCUGGUCGUUUAGGCUGUUCCCUCUUUUUCCUAUACAGACUGUUGGAGUUUCCAGAUACAUGACCUCAGAAAUGACCUUGUUUUAGUUCUGCAGAGCGGGAGUCUAGAUUCUGCUAUGUCACACCCACCCUGCAGCCACCUCCACCACUCCAGUAACCAUCCACUAAGGCAGUCUGGCCCAGUAAGACACUUACAGGGCUGCUCUGAAUGGUUUUAAAACCGAGUUCUAGCAGUGACUGCUUGAGGUAUUUCCAAGACCGUGAUGAAGCACCACUCUCCUCCCUUGGAGGAGGGAUGAAGUGCUAGUACUAGGCUGGAUUACCAAUUAAUAGAGGCUGGAUAUUGGGCUGGGCUUAGAACUCAGCUUUUCCUUUUGCUUCCGUGUGCACUGUAACUCCUAUUGGAGAGAAUAUAUUUAGAUAAAAUUAUGUGUAGUCUGAUUAAAUGGAAUAUUUAAAGACUCA